GAUUGUCGUAUUGGUACCUCAAGUUUGUCAGCAUAAAGCAAGGUGGUUCCCUCCAUGUCACGUUCCAAACCAGCUCAGCUCUCUCUCCCUUUCUCCUCUCUCUCUCUCUCUCUAGGUUCGAGAAAGUGUAGCAGAAUCACUCCAGCCUAUCCUAUAAAGAAUACCAGCCACCCAUAACCCAUGAAGUAAAAGAAGAACUGGCCACAAAAAUACUUGCCUUAAGCCAACCCUCACUAGCUUCUUCUCUCUCCUUUCUUCUCUUCUUAACAUCUUCUCUUAGAGAACAUAUCAUACAAUAAGGGAUUAUUUACUAGGCAUCUUCUUUCUUUUUUAUUUAUUUUUUUUUAAAUAUUUAUAUUUAUAUUUAUAUAUAUAUAGGUGGAAAACCAGAAGACAAGAUAUGGGUAUUAGCAGUUCUUUCAAGGCCUUGUGUGCAGCACUUGCAUUGUUGGGAUUUAUCUGGUUUGUGUUUGUUGGGACUUUAGAGGUUGGAGGGAGAAAAACGACGGCGCUGAAUGGUCGGCCAACGGCAAGUUUAGGGCAUAAAGUGAUGAUUGGAAGAGAGAAGCUUGCAGUACAUCCAGAGUCUGAUCUCAAUAUGAGCAAAAGAAGAGUUCCUAAUGGACCUGAUCCUAUUCACAACAGGAGGGCUGGAAACUCUCGACGACCGCCUGGUCAAGCUUAAUUAGCCAACAGAACUUCAGAAGCUUCAACUGAAGUCCAGAAGACCGCGCAAGAUUUCUAUCAUCUUGUAUGUAUUUUUUCAAAAAUAUUGGGAUUAUAAAACUGUUGAGAACAUUUGAGAAAUCCCAGCUUGUGAGGUUUUUUUUCACUUAUACAAA